CGGUGCUGUCUGAGACAGCGAGUGUUUUGUCAAUUUUAGUGUCUGGCUGAAUUUCUUAUUAAAAAUUAGAAUUUAAAUAUUUACAAAUCUCUUGAUAAUCAGUUUAAUUCUAUUAUUAGUUAUGAGUGUUCCGGUCAAGAGAGAGAAGCAGGAAGGUGGAUUUGCAGAACUUCAAUUGACAACAAAUAACAUAAAACAGGAGCUAAUAACCUCAGAGGAAGCCCCAACUACUGCUCAGAUGGCGACAGUUGCCGUAGAUAGCAGCCAAGAACCAGCGCCAGAGUGCAGCACUGCAUUCGCUCCAACCGAUAAUGACUUCAGCCAACAACAUUAUUUAAUCCCUGGCUACAAUCUAAUAUUCAUCAAAGAAGAAGAUUCCCAAGAUGGAGAAGACAUUUCAGAAGAAGUUGACUUUGGCGCAGUGAAGAGUGAAGCAGAAAUGUGGCCUCCUAUCAGCGGCACUGCCAAUGCAACAGAAGUGGGUGGACUGGAUGCACAUUUAAUCUCUCCAGUGGAAAAGUGCACUGAGCUAACAGUAGCUGGCAAAGAGACCAAGCUCUACAGCUGUGCCGACUGCAGCUAUAAAAGUCCAUGGAUUUAUGAUUUGAAGAGACACAUUAGAACACACACUGGGGAAAAACCAUUCAGUUGUAACUUCUGUGACUAUAAAUGUGCUACUUUAGGUAAUUUGAAGAGCCACAUCAGAACACACACUGGUGAAAAACCUUUUAGUUGCAAAUUUUGUGAUUUUAAAUGUGCCACUUCAGGCUAUAUGAACAUACAUAUCAGAACACAUACAGGUAAAAAACCAUUUAGUUGUAACUUUUGUAACUACAAAUGUGCUCAAUCAAGUGUUUUGAAGAAACACAUCAGAACACAUACUGGUGUAAAACCAUUCAGUUGCGAAUUUUGUGACUAUAAAUGUAGUCAGAAAUCUUACUUGAAAUUACAUCUCAGGUCACAUACAGAUGAAAAACCAUUCAGUUGCGAAUUUUGUGACUUUAAAUGUAGUCGGAAAUCUAAUUUGAAAUUUCAUAUCAGAACACAUACAGAUGAAAAACCAUUUAGUUGUAACUUUUGUAACUACAAAUGUGCUCAAUCAAGUGAUUUGAAGAAACACAUCAGAACACAUACUGGUGUAAAACCAUUCAGUUGCGAAUUUUGUGACUAUAAAAGUAGUGAGAAAUCUAAACAUACGGUUUCUCUGCUGCAAAAUAUGGAGUACCUAGUCUGUGGAAAGAUCGCCAAAGUUGAGCUCAUGAGGGUGGAUGACAUCUCAAAAUCCGAAUCAAUAAUCUAUUCACAGAUUGAAAUUGUGAAACAUGAGAGUCCAUUUGAAAAAAUUGACAUUGAAAUUAAGAAUGAACCUCUUCAUAGCAAUACAGCUAUUCAUCAGAUCAAGAGAGAGGAGCAAGAAGAUGGAUUUGCAGAACUUCAAUUGACAACAAAUAACAUCAAACAGGGGCCAAUAACCUCAAAGGAAGCCCCAACUACUACUCAGAUGGCGACAGUUGCUGUAAAUAGCAGCCAAGAACCAGCGCCAGAGUGCAGCACUGAAUUCGCUCCAACCGAUAAUGACUUCAGCCAACAACAUUAUUUAAUCCCUGGCUACAAUCUAAUAUUCAUCAAAGAAGAAGAUUCCCAAGAUUACAUUUCAGAAGAAGUUGACUUUGGCGCAGUGAAGAGUGAAGCAGAGAUGUGGCCUUCUAUCAACGGCACUGCCAAUGCAACAGAAGUGGGUGGACUGGAUGCACAUUUAAUCUCUCCAGUGGAAAAGUGCACUGAGCCAACUGUGGCUGACAAAGAGACCAAGCUCUACAGCUGUGCCGACUGCAGCUAUAAAAGUCCAUGGACUUAUGAGUUGAAGAGACACAUUAGAACACACACUGGGGAAACACCAUUCAGUUGUAACUUCUGUGACUACAAAUGUGCUACUUCAGGUAAUUUGAAAGUACAUAUCAGAUCACAUACAGGUGUAAAACCAUUCAGUUGCAAAUUUUGUGACUAUAAAUGUAGUCAGAAAUCUAAUUUGAAAUUACAUAUCAGAACACAUACAGAUGAAAAACCAUUUAGUUGUAACUUUUGUGACUAUAAAUGUGCUACUUCAGGCAAUUUAAAAGUACAUAAAAGAUCACAUACAGAUGAAAAACCAUUUAGUUGUAACUUUUGUGACUAUAAAUGUGCUACUUCAGGCAAUUUAAAAGUACAUAUAAGAUCACAUACAGAUGAAAAACCAUUUAGUUGUAACUUUUGUGACUACAAAUGUGCUACUUCAGCCAAUUUGAAAGUUCAUAUCAGAUCACAUACACGUGAAAGACCUUUUAGUUGCGAAUUUUGUGACCAUAAAUGUUCUCAUUCAAAUGAUUUGAAGAAACACAUCUGAAAACACACUGGGGGAAAGCCGGUGAAGAAAAAAUUGUGAGAUAUUCAUUUAUAGAAUAUGAUAGUUUCCACUGAGUAUAACAAGACCCAUAGUGGGACAAAACAAAAUAGCACUGUAUAUGAAUAAACUAUAAAUUAAUGUAAAUCCAGAAUUAUGAUUCGAUAAACUAGAAUUAUGAAUUAUGUGACUUUUAGUGUUCUGAUUUAUGUACUUUGAAGUCAUAUAAUAUUAGAGCCCAUAAAGUUGAAAAGUAAUUGAAUAAGUAGUCUUAGUAGUUUUAUUGACAUUGUUUUGUUUCUCAGUCGAUCAAGAUUUGUGUGAUUGGUUUCAGAUUCUUGUGCACUUAAUAAUUUAUUGUAACUUAAUUGAGUAAAUUCCAACUGAAUAGGAGAGUAGAAGUACAAUUGUAUGCAAGUUGAGUCUAUGUAUUUAUCCAUCUACCAGAUUUACUCUUCUCUCCUUAUAUUAACUUAUCCAGAAAUAUAAAUUUGCAGAAAUCAAAGCAACAAGUUGGUGAGUUUCUAAUGCUUUAUCCUUACAACUUGGUAUUGCAAGGAGCUCUCCCACUCUCAUUAAAGGUAAAGAAUAUUCAUGCCUCUUCAAUUGUAAAUUCGUCUUCAAGACACCAAUGAGCCUCACAACUGUUAUAUGUCAGCCAAGUCCGCCAGUUUAUAGUGUUCUUGUAGAAUCAUGUUUAAUCUGAAUAGUCAUUAUCAGACUCACUGUCAUAUGUAAAGUGUUAAGUUGUAGAGUGCUAGUAAAUCGAUAAUUAUCCAAUCAAUCUCACAACACAGAAAGAUUGUCUUGUUGGGAGAUUCAUACACGAAUCAAGGUUCAUCUGAUUUAUAAAAUCAAUUGUUAGCUCAUUGAAUUUGAGCAUUGAGUAAUUGUCAUGUGUUCAGUUAUGAAUCUAUUUCUAUUAAAUCACUUGGCAGUGUUUGGAAAAUUACAAAUGUUUUCUGGAUGCUGACUGUUUCACUGUUGCCAUGUUUAUUUGAACUUGAAAACUACAAAAUUCUCACCCACUGACUCAAAUUAUCUAUCAUCUUUCUCAAUUGAAAGUCAUUGCAAUGUUUAUUUAUUUCCAUGACUGAGUUCAGUAUUAGUGUGAAGUAGAUGGAAAGUGUAAGCUACCUGCAAUAUUGACAAUGUAAUCCCUAGUACAACAAUUGAUAUAAUUGUCUAGAAAAUGUGUGGAAACGAUGCUAUAGUGUGUUCCAUGUUAUAAUGGCAGUGGAUAAAGAUAGAAGAAUAGCGAUGCCGAUUCUCUGCAUUAAAAGUCCUAACUCCGCCUAAUAAAGAUUUUUUCAUUUUCAUUAAUUAAUUAUAUUUCUGCACUGUCAAAAACAUAAUUGUCAUCGUUGUGGACCUAGAAAAAAAUAGUACCUCCGGCUUUGUCGAAUGAUACACAAGGAUAGCAAAACCAAAGUUGAUCAACUACUGUCAUUAUAACGUGGACCUCACUAUAGAUUCAUUCUUUUUUCUCUGAGAAGUAGUUUUAAUGAGAAUAAUAAUUUAAUUGAUUCAUUCAUAUGAUUCAUUUGAAAUCAUUUAAUAAUCCAUUCAUUGAUUGUGUUGACAAAUUAAUAUUAUUAAUCAUCCGAGAAAUGUUCUUCUUUAUCUCGUGGAAAAUAUUAUAGAAUAUUAAACAGUCUAUUGUGAGAUAUCCUUGCUUAGUCGUGUUGUCGAUUAUUUAUUGCUGUAUAUAGGUGUGUAUCUAUUGCACUGUGUACUCGUACUUCUUACUCAUUUUGUUGCUUCAUUGGCAGGUAUCAGUCCUCUGACAUUCAUUUGUUAGUUUUAUUCAUUUUUUGUAACAUUUUUAUUUUCAUUUUAGAAUCUUUUCAUUUCUAUAUUCCGUUUUAUGAUAAUUUUCUUGUAUACAUCUAUUUUUUUCCUUCUCUUGUAUUUCUAUAGUUUUUUAUUUUAACAAUAUUGCAAUUGUAAGUUACAUUGCUCUUUGUAUUUUGAUUUUAUAAUAAUUUUGUAUUGUUGUAUUUGUGUAGGAGACACAUUAGGGGUAACCUGUUGUCUCCAUAAAUAAAUAAAUUUAAUUUAUUUGUACUAGUUUAUUCAGGACAAAAUGUCAGAGGUUGUCUGGUAUAGCUCAGCUGGUAGAGCUGUCUCCUCAAAUGUGAAAAGAUCAAUUCUGAUAAUCUCAUCUUCAUGACAAUUAAAUUUUCAUUAAAUUACCACCUCAUCAACAACAAAA